CAAAAAAUAUCUCUCCCUCCUCCUCCUCCUCAUCUCUCUCUCUCUCUGCAUUUUGAAAUUGAGCACCAAUGGCUUCUUUAAAUAUGGCUAAACCGGAUGAGCAGAAGAAAGAGAGGAUAGAGGAAGAAGUGGUUUGCACCCUUGAUGGAACUGUUGAUCGACACGGUCGCCCUGCUGUCCGAGCAAGAUCGGGAACAUGGUUUGCUGGAAUUCUCAUACUUGUGAACCAAGGGCUUGCAACAUUGGCAUUUUUUGGGAUAGGGGUGAACUUGGUGUUGUUUCUAACAAGAGUGAUGGGCCAAGACAAUGCUGAAGCUGCAAACAAUGUUAGCAAAUGGACUGGCACUGUCUACAUCUUCUCCCUCCUUGGUGCUUUCCUUAGUGACUCUUAUUGGGGGAGAUACAAAACUUGUGCCAUCUUUCAAGCCAUCUUUGUCAUUGGAUUGGUAUCACUAUCACUAUCAUCAUACAUUUUCUUGGUUAGGCCUCUUGGCUGUGGUGAUAAGCAAACUCCAUGUGGGUCCCACUCGACAGUCCAGGUCACAUUGUUCUACCUGUCAAUUUACCUAAUUGCCCUCGGGAAUGGAGGGUAUCAACCAAACAUUGCGACAUUUGGGGCUGAUCAAUUUGAUGAGGAGGACCCUAAAGAAGGGCAUUCCAAGGUGUCCUUCUUUAGCUACUUCUACUUGGCCUUGAACCUUGGGUCCCUUUUUUCAAACACAUUUCUGAGCUACUUUGAGGAUGAAGGAUUGUGGGCAGUGGGUUUUUGGGCAUCUGCUGGUUCAGCCACUUUGGCAUUGAUCUUGUUCCUUGUAGGGACCCCUUGGUAUAGGCAUUUCAUACCUAGAGGCAAUCCUCUAUCAAGACUCUGUCAAGUGGUUGUUGCAGCAGCUAGAAAAUGGAAGGCUGAGAUGCCGCCAAGUGGAGAGGAUCUGUAUGAAGUGGAUGGAAAGGAAUGUUCAAACAGUGGGGGCAGAAAAAUACUCCAUACCAAUGGAUUUAAAUUCCUAGAUAGAGCUGCAAUAAUCACAUCAAAGGAGUACCCUCCACAAGACAAGGAAAGCCAAAAUCCAUGGCUGCUCUGCCCAGUGACACAAAUUGAAGAAGUGAAAUGCGUUCUCAGACUCCUCCCAAUUUGGCUAUGCACAAUCCUCUACUCAGUAGUCUUCACCCAAAUGGCCUCCCUCUUCGUUGAACAAGGCGCGGCCAUGAAAACAACCAUAUCGGGCUUCCACAUCCCUCCGGCAAGCAUGUCCAGCUUCGACAUCCUUAGCGUCACAGCCUUCAUUUUCAUCUACAGGCGAGUCCUCGACCCUCUAAUCGCCAGGCUACGAAAACCUAGCCCUAGAGGCCUCACCGAGCUUCAAAGAAUGGGGAUUGGCCUUGUCAUUGCCAUCGUGGCUAUGCUGGCUGCUGGCACUGUUGAACAUUUCAGGCUAAAAUAUGCACAAAAAACUUGCACUAGUUGUGAUGGUUCGAGUUCACUAAGCAUUUUCUGGCAAGUUCCGCAAUACGUACUCAUUGGGGCAUCUGAGGUUUUCAUGUAUGUGGGUCAGUUGGAAUUCUUCAACGGGCAGGCACCAGAUGGGUUGAAGAGCUUUGGGAGUGCACUUUGCAUGACAUCCAUUUCACUAGGGAACUAUGUCAGUAGUUUGCUAGUGAGUAUUGUCAUGAAAAUCUCUACCAAAGAUAAAAUGCCUGGUUGGAUACCUGGAAACUUGAAUAGGGGUCACUUGGACAUGUUCUACUUUCUCUUGGCAGCCUUGACAACAGCUGAUCUUGUGGUCUACAUUGUGUGUGCAAAGUGGUACAAGUAUAUCAAGUUUGAAGGAAUGAAUGGUGGAGGCGACAAUGACAACAACUGUAGUGACUUAAGUGUGUAGCGCACAUUUAUAUAUGCUUUGGAUAUGACUUACAUGUUUUAGUCAAUUAGAUUGCAGCUGUUAGAGAGAGCGUGAGCUCCACAAUGUGGUGGGUCUCAAGGCUCUACUUAUAAUUGCAUUCUAGUUGACUGGAGAGGAACUGAAUCUAUAUAAUUGUACUUGUGAAUGUAAUGUGAAAAAUAAAUAAAUAAAGUGGGAGUGAAAGACUUAGAGAGAUAAUACUUGCAAUGAAACUAGAGAAAUGCAAUGUUCAGUUCUCUAGCUGAGCAUGAACUUGAGGGAAAUGAAACAGAGGCCUUUGCCUAUGUGUUUGUAGAUGGGUCAUCUUGUAUUAUCUAUAAAAUGUGUCUUUCGUA